AUAACCGUUGGUAGUCCAUAUUGAAAUAUCACAUCCUCAUCGGCGGCGAGGUCAAAAAUUUGAGUUAGUAUUUCGUCUGGGAGUUCCAUGUUUGGUAGGCUCUUUACAGCAAUAAAACCAAUACUCGAGUUAGUAUAUUGAAGAUUCGAGGAAGAAUUGAGGGUCACAAAAUAGGAAUGGUGGAAGUUCGAUUCAACACCGCUGAAAUGCGCACGUGGUCGUGCAAUCCUGCUUCUCCGAGCUCCAGGAGGCUCCAGGUUGUAUCACGGGCUUCUACGGCGCCAGGUCGACCGAUGAACACGGUGACGCCGCCUAGGCCACCCUGCGCUGCCUUCCGAAGUGUUUCGGAAAACAUGCCUGAGGACCGCUCAUACAAAGUCUGUAUUCUGGAAACUGCCUGUUGAUAUGACACUGCAGUGAUUGCUGAUCUUAUAUCACUUUGCGA